AUGGCCCGAUUCAUCACCAGAAACACCAAGUGCUUCCGAGGACAUCCAAGCCCAAUCGUCAGAAAGAAAUCACAUCUCAGCACCAAGUUUGGCCGCAGAAACUACUCACUCUAUGUAAGCAGGGUCCUCAAGGAAGUGGUUCCCCAGAGCGGCAUAUCUUCUCAAACCUUGGACAUCAUGAACACCCUCAUCAAUGGCAUCUUUGAGCGCAUUUCUAUAGAAGCCUGCAACAUGAUGUAUUUCAGAAACCGUUGUACCCUCACCCCUGAAGAUAUCCAGAAGGCAGUAUAUUUGCUCUUUCCUGGGAAACUAGCUAAGUAUGCCGUGGCUUUUGGAAGUGAAGCUGUCCAAAGAUAUGUCCACUCUUAA